AUGUGUACUGGAAUGGACUCGAACCAUUAUUGCCUAAGGGACGCGUCAAAGGAAAUUCGACUGUUUGAUCUUGUGUCAGCGGAUGAACAAGAACCUGCGCAAGGACGCAUCCGACGCGCGACAGUUGGUAAUGCGCCUCCGUUUGUGGCUGUUUCCCACGUCUGGGGGGACAGGAGCCGCGAUCGAAGCGUCUGCCUUGAAUCAGGCUGUGGAACCAAGUACGCUCAAAUCUCAACGAAUCUCGAGGCAUUCUUCAUCAGACUCAUCGGCCUGGAUUCGAAUACGCUCCCUCAAAUAUGGUUCAAAGGGUCACGACUGCCUUUAUGGGUUGACAUGAUUUGCAUCAAUCAGAUGGACGUGGCUGAAAAGGCGUUGCAAAUUCCCCUCAUGCGGGACGUUUAUUCGCAAGCAAGUUCAGUCAUCAUUUGGAUCAAUGAAAACGACAGUCGCAUCGGCCAAGCUUUUCACUAUCUUGGCCAACUUAUUGCAAAUAAAACAACGACCGAGGCUGCAAAUAUAUGGACGCUCUUUGACCCAAAUGGGUGGGAAGCCCUAAAGUAUCUUUUGGACUGCAGUUGGUUUCAUCGGAGAUGGGUUCUUCAAGAGUUUGCAGUGCCAAAGGAUGUCGUCUUUCUUUGCGGCUCAGACGUUAUGUCAAUCGACGAUCUGUUCAGUGGCAUCGACAUGGCCGCAAGUGUACUGAUAGCACGGCCUCGAAAAUUCAAGAUACUCCAUCCUGCACACACUGGUUCGCUGAGGCCGGCGCCUGCUCUGAGGGAACUUAGGAAGCACUACGCCGAGGCUGGUUAUCAUGUAAGCUUACUUUGGCUGCUGGAGCACUUUCGUUCCACAACGGCAACCUUGGCUCACGACCAGGUAUAUUCCUUGCUCGGUCUGUGUAGCUCUGAAGAGGUUGCUGGCAACCCAAUCCGGUACGAUCUCGAGCCGGAAGAGGUGUACAAAACCUUUUCCGCGACUCAUGCACGGCUGUAUAACAACCUGGAGUUUCUUGGGCUUUGUACAGCAGCUCAACGUGACUUUGUGUGUUCGGGCUCGGUGGAUAACUUGGUAUCUCGCUCCUUUGCUGGCCCUACAUGGGUGCCCAACUGGCAUUCAGAACGUCUUCAGCGCUGUUUGGGGCUGAAUGAUUAUGGUACUAACCUCAAGUUCUUCAACGCUUCAGACAGGAUCCCCAUGACUGUGCUAUUUCGACACGACGAGUUGGAAGUUUUGGGUGUUCGACUUGAUCGAAUCUUGAGUAUCGGCAGUUUCUGUCGCCUUGAGCGACGCCACGAGUUGACAGAUCCCAAUUCCAGACUGUUUCAAGAGUAUUUCGAUUUCUGGACGAGCGUAGCCGCGGCCGAAAGAAUCAUGCCAUAUAGAGACAAGAAGCAUCUAGCAGAGUCCAUUGCCCGUACGCUCAGUCUUCUCGGCAUAUACCUGAACCCAAUGCCUCUGUUAGCCGACAUUCCAGACAUGUUCUGCCGCUGGUGUAGGGAGUCGAAUUUAGGCAGGCAGCUUGCAGAAUAUGGACUCAAGCCCAAGAACGCCACAAACCUAGAAGGAGAAAGGGUGUUUAUGGGGAUGAGGCGUCUGACGGCCUGGGAACCCUUCAUCACUGAAAGCGGCUAUAUCGGCCUUGCUCGAGGGAGUACUCGUGUCGGUGACGAGAUUUGGAUCGUUGGUGGCUGUAGUGUGCCUCUUCUGUUGUCUCCGCAGACAGGAGAUCUAGUCAACUUCGAGGUGAAGGGCGAAGUCUUUUUCGACGGCUUCAUGUUUGGAGAGGCAAUGAGGAUGGACGAGUUUGGGGAUACUUCUGUGCAACCAAUCGUCUUAGUGUGA